UACAUGAUUGUGUUAUUUUUAAUGAGGAAGAAAUGACAAGAAGAAUUUUCAGCGAUAUGGUAACUCUGCUAAAGUCAACCAUAGAAAAAAUCAGAAUCAGCCAAGAUGGACGUGUGUCCUAUGAAUAAAAAUUAAAUUAUCGAAGUGCUUGUAGAUGGUAAAUAAACCGGCAAAAUGUAUAAUGGAAUUGGUUUAACGACGCCACGAGGCUCAGGUACGAAUGGCUAUGUUCAAAGAAAUUGGGCGGGAGUCCGAAAGACCAAAGACUCGGUGAAUUAUCGAACAGAGGAAGAAAUAGCCAAGUUGGAUUCUGCGUCGAACAAACAGCCAAACCGGGAAAUACUGGACCAUGAGAGGAAGAGGAAAAUAGAGGUGAAAUGCGCGGAACUUGAGGAUAGCUUGGAGGAGCAGGGGUUGCCGAAGGAGGAGAUCGCGGCGCGCGUGGCCGCCUUCCGGGCGAAGCUGUCCACCACCAGCGCCGGCGACAAGGACGUGCCCCGGGACGAGUUCGGGAGAGUAGCCGUUCGCGAGACACACGCGGUGGCAGAAGCUCAGCAGGCUAAGAACGCUCGGCUGCGAGACGCGUUCGGCAUCUCGCCGCAAUUCGUGGAGGGGUCCAGCCUGGACCCCGAGCGCCGAGCGCGCGACCACGCGGCGAGGUACCCGCUUGUUCGCACGCCCAGCCACGAGCGAGACACCAGGGAACAUCCCCCUAAGAGGAAGAAGAAGAGAAGCACGUCACCAGAAGCUAAAAAGUUGAAGAAGAAAAAGUCGAAAAAGAAUAAAAAAGAGAAACAGGUGACUCUACGGUUGUCUAAGAGUGAAAGAAAAAUGUUAUGGAACUUCAUAAAUAGACAAGAGUCCAGUAAGAAGAAAAAGAAACGUUCCAAGUCUCCUGACACUGACAGUUCCAGUUCAUCCGAUGCACAAGACAGCGAUUCCGCCUCCUCGGAGGAUGAACGACAGAAAAAGAAAAAAAAGAAAAAGUCGAGCAGCAGACGUCGCGGCAGCAGCGAGCCUUCGAGCCGUGACAGUUCCCCAGUGAAAUACUCGAAAGAGAAGCAACGGGAUCGCGUCGCUGAAGAGAGGAAUAAUGAUGUCCAAUACAGAAAGGCAGAUCGGGAACGUGAAGAGCGAAACAAGAAGUAUGACAAACGUGAGGAACAUGCAGCACGCGAGUCGCGACACAACUCCCGCGAGGCGCGGCACCCGCGCCGGCACCGCUCCGCCUCGCGCGAGCCCGACACCUCGCCCGAGUACCGACAGCGCUCGUACAUCACCAAGAUAGAAAACAAGAAACGGGAACCCUCCGUAGAACCAGAACGACGCAAGAGUUCCAAACGAUCCAAGCACGACCUCCAACGAUCGUCGCCAGAGUCAGAAUCUGAACCCGCGCCCAAAUCGAGGUCAGAAAAGAGAAGCAAAAAGAACUACGCCAGAGAGUCCAGUUCAUCGCCACCGCCAGAAAAGAGGCGGCGGAAGAGCUCCUCCCCAGAAUAUAGAAAGAGGGAAGAAACUUACUACAAUAAGAAAGAAACCAUCAGAGAAAACAGCAAAAAUCAUAGAGAAGAGAGAGAUGAGCGCAGAGCUCCCAGGAGAAGUGAAUCUCCGGGUUACAGACAUAGCAGGCGCGAGGAGUCACACCCUAGGAAAGAAAAAGAUGCCAAAUAUGAAAAGAAUAAUAAAAAUAAUCAUGAACGUUACGAAGAAGCGCCGCCCAAGCGGAAAGAUAGAGAAUUAAAUGAUGACAAACCGCGAAGGAAGAAGGAUCGCAGUGUUUCUCGGGACAAGAGGGAUACGUCUCCGGAAUACAAGGAGCGCUCACCCGUCAGCAAGAGUUAUAAAAACAGAGAAUCUCGUAAAGAAAACGAUAAACCACACAAAAGUUCUCGAUCCGAAAAAAGGUAUUCAUCAUCCGAAUCGGAUUCCGAACCACCGCCUAGACAGAAAGCUGAGAAAAGUUCUAAAAAUAAAGCUCGCUACUACAAAGAGCGAAGUGAGUCUCCGCAGAGGGAACAGCGCAAACGAAGCCCGUCUCCCGAACACAGCAAGAGGAAAGAAUCACCGCCCCCUAAAAGCAAAGCAGACAAAUACAAAUCAAGUCGGAAAUCUGUAGAAAACAAACGCGAAAACAGCAGACCAAGUAGGAAGUCCCCUUCGCCUGAAGAGAGGUCGCGGCGUAAACCAUCGCCAAGUCGGUCCAAAUCCCCGACAGCGCGAAAAAGCUCAAAGAAAGAUAAACGAAAGAGUGUAACUCCUGUUAAAAAGAGCAAGAAGUCACCUGAACGGCGUACUUGUGAUCGUCGCUCGUCGCCAGCUAAAGGCGAACAUAGAGAGAGACCAGACAAGGAGAGGAACCAUGAUCGAAAAGAUUCACAUAAGGACCGGUCGAGGUCCCGGUCUGCACGCAAGAGCCGCAGCACCUCCAGCCUCAGCUACUCGCCCGCUCGCCGCAGCCCUGAGCGUUACCGCGACAUCAUAGAAAAGUUACCAGAGAAAGACAAACGCAAAUACAUCAAAUCACCAUCAGACUUACAUCCCAAAAAGAAGAAGAAAAGUAAAGAUACAACUGAGAACUACAAACCUAAAGCCGUUUGUAUGCGAAGCUCGUCCAGCGAACAUGACGAUUCAGAAGUCGAGUUCUUGCGAUUAGACGACAGAGAUCGACAGGAGGAGUUGGAUUUCAAGGAGCUGAAUAGACUGAAAGAAAGACUGGCUCAGUUAGCUAAAGUGUCGAUGGAGCGCAGGAGACAAGAGGAUGAGGACGGUCCUUCAACAUCGCAAGGUCCUUCAACGCGUAGUGAACCCAAGCCUAAGGAGAGCGAUGCUGAGAAACCUAAAAGGAAAAGUCCUAGCCCUGCAGAGGAAGUAAAAGAAAAGUCACCUGCGCAACCAGUGGAAGUUAAAAAAAGUCCGGAGCAGGCAAAACCUCCGUCUCCUAAACAAGAGAAGAGUCCUCCUGUGAACGUGGAGUCUUCGCCCGAGGUGAAGGCGAAGGCGGAAGGCAGCACGUCGCGGCGGCGCUGGUCGCGGUCGUCGUCGCGGCGCUCGCGGUCUCGCUCGCGCUCGUCCAAGUCGCGCUCGCGCAACAAGACACGCUCGCGAUCGCGGUCACGAUCUCGCUCGAGGUCGUCGAGGUCAAGGUCGCGGUCAUAUUCUUCGUCAAGGCGGUCUCGCUCAAGUCGUUCGUCUUCGUACAGCAGUCGCAGUAGCUCUCGCUCUUCGCGCAGCACAUCUCGCUCCACGCGCUCGUCUAGAACAAUGACAGGCGUAUACGCGGAUUACCGUAGAUCCAGUGAGUCGCGAGCGCGGACGCGAUCUCGCUCGCCCUCCAUACCGCGCCGCGCUGGCUCGCCCAGCUUCCUGGAUAGGCGGCGGAUCACGAGCGCGCGCAAGCGUCCCAUCCCGUACCGGAGGCCCACGCCCUCCACGCCGACCUCCACCGUCAGCAGCCGCUCCUCGCAGCACAGCUGGUCGCGCUCCCCCAGGCCCGACAGAGAAUAAACCACCACCGGAUUCAAUAAACCACUACAUUCCUUUUCAAAUCGAUGCACGUACUAGUCAACUAUAGUAGCCCUUCAUGAUAACUCCAAAAAUGUUCACACGAUCUUAAUGUUUGGUCGAUAUUUUGUAAAUACGAACCGUUUCUUGUAGCUUUAGGCCAAAUUACAACAUUUUUGAUUGAUGUUUUUAUCAAAAAAUAGUUAAGAUUAUAUUUUAUCUAGUCAAAUGUGCUUAUCUAUCAAUUCCUAUUGGAAACGAUUACUUGAUCUCUAAUUUAUUUUGUUUUUAUUUUAUUGUUGGUAAUACUAUUUAAAUUAUUCAAUCAUUUAUUUUGAUAAGUAACAAAAAUACUCUAGUCAAAAUGAGUACCUACUUUAUUAAAAAUAAAGUGCAAUAUAUUUUAUUGACGUCUGAUAUUUACAAUAGGUAAUUUAUUUUAUUAAUUUAAUUUUACUAGUCACUUUACAAACAAUUAUUUUCUAUUUACCGAAUUUUACUAUAGCAUAGGUGAUACCUAAUUAUAAUGUAGUGUUUAAGUGAUUGUAUUGUAAAACAAUUGAAACUUUCUAUUUGUUUCAAUAACUAAGCAAUAAAUAUGACGAUAUUCAAUAAUACUCAAGUGUAACAGUAAAAAACAGUUUAAUAAAAAAUCUAAAUUUACACAGAACUUAUACAUGGUUUGUAUAGAGAAAUCUCAUUUAAAUAAAUGCACUGCGUAAGAAUUGAUUUUGCAGAUUUGAAUUUAGUAACAUAGUUUUAGCAAUUCCACAAUUAAUGUAUAUUCAACUAAAACCCUAUUGGUACAUAGAUAAUGGAUCAAUUUGCUGUUGUCAAAUAAAGUACCCAGAUACAAUAACAGUAUUUUUCAUUAACAAUACAUAUUUAUAACUUAAUCCAUUACCCAAAUCUUCAAGAUUACAAAUUCAUGACUUACAGAUACAUUAAACAAUAGUAAAGAUGGUCCCACAUUAUAGAAACACUUAAUUAAUGCUGUUAAAUGCUAAUUUGCCUUUGUUGCAAAUAUUAAAUUAAAUUUUAUCCUUAUAAAUCCUUUUUACAAAAUUGAAAAAUAAAAUUCAUCUGACUGUGUGAUAACUAAAUACUGUCUUAUGUAUCAAGGAGUAUUAACUAUGCCAAGAUAAAAUUUGCUUAUCAGUACAAUAACAGUCCUACACACAAUAAUAAUGUAACAUGUAAAGACAAAUUUAGAUCACUGGAUGGGUCAGCCAGCCUGUUAACCCUUGAUCCCAUAAAUUACUUCCGCUGACAUCUUGUAAAUAUU